GAGUGCAGCAGUGGAGCGGCGGAGCGUUGUGCAGUUCUAUAGAUGGGUCGCACUGUUUGCUUGGCCAUCGGACCGGCUUGGACAGUGCUAUUGCUGUGUGCAGCGACUCGAGGAGAACAGCAACGGCUCGACAGUGCAGAAAGUCUUUGUGAGGACCGAGAUGACCGAUGGCAAGUGCACGGCAGCAGCUGCAAGAAGAUGAGUUCCAUGUGCGAUGACGACAGCUAUGGUGAGUUGGUUCAGGCCUGGUGUCCAGUGACUUGUGGCCGUUGCCAGGCAGAGAAGCCAAGGAGCGAAGGUGCAACCGAUGCAACCGGUUUGGAAAUCGCGGCCGGUGAAAACCUCACUUUGCCAAGGAGCGAAGACAAGGCGCUUGAAGGUUUCUCCUUGGACAACACCUCCAAGUUUUUUGGCAAUUCCUCGAAUUCGACUGCAGAGGGUAAUGCCACCUGUCCUGCGCAGCUAGGUGACGCUGACCUCAGUUUCCAGAAUGUCUCGAGGUUGAACGAAGCGAAGAACACUGACGUAAGCCUUCGAAACUUCUCUGACGCCAGACAGCGCAGCAACACCUCUCGCAGGAUGCUCAAUGUCUCCCGCGAGAAAGCGGUGACAGCGAUGAGUACCGGAAAGGCGAUGCUCCUCCUGGAAGAGUUGGAAUCCAGACAGGUACGCCUUCCCUUGAUUGCUUCUCAGUUUGACUUCCUGGGCAAAGAUGCGUUCAGCCUUAAUUUUCUCAAAAUGGAGGCCAAUCAGAGCUCCAACGAGACUUCGAAUCACAGCAUUGGAAACAGAAGUCUCGUCGCAGAGAUUCUGGAUCUUCUCAGCCCAGCUACUGCCCAGGAUCUGGAAGAGGAAGAGAAGCACUGUCCAGAGGGCUGGGAGAGAGUCAUCGGAGAUGUGUAUGGUGGAGAUCAGUUCUCUGGUGGUUGGACACACUCGGCAAACAGCAUUGAAGAUUGUGCCUGGCGCUGCCUGCGACAGCCUGGCUGCGGCUCUUUUGAAUGGAGUCCGUCGCAGAAGAAAUGCUUUCGAAAUAGUCAGACAAGGCCAACGCAUGAAGUGGAACGACAAGACUUCAGGUUCUGCCGACGACAGCCAUGCCCAAGCUUCAAAACCAAGGAGGCUUGUGUCGGGCCGGGCAUUGCAUCUGGCUACUACUCAAAGGAGGUGAGCAUGCGUGCAGGGAGCUACUGCAUUUGGUCAGCUGGACACUGCCAAGCACCAAUGGCCUGUACGGACAACGACUGCUUCCUGCCCGAUGGUGGACUUCCUGGCAUGGAACUUCCAAGGCAAAGUGUCAUGUGGCUCAUGUGGCUCUUUUGCGGCACCGGCAGUCGCUACACACUGUGGAUCUCACGACUUGGGUUGCAAGCUACGAUGGCGUCAUGAGGCGCGACUGAGGCUACGACUGCUACCGUACACCAAGGAGGUCCAGUCUCGCCGCAAACUGUACAUACAUCGCAACUCAUUGCAACUCAUUGCAACUGGCAUCACAUCGUCGCAUCGCACUCCGUUGUGCAUCCGUUGAAGCUGCCAUGCCAUGUCG